AUGCUUAUCAAACCUGACAGAAGAAUUAUUGAAAUGGCUCUGCCCCAAAUUGUUUCAGCUGAUGAUGUCAAUGGGCUUGAGAGCGAAGAAGAUGAAAUAGCUGAAUCGGGGGAUGCUCAAUCAACUUCCAACGGAAAUCAUUUCACACAUAUUUCUCCACCUAUUAAACUCGUCUAUUCCCACGCUCAAUGCAUGUCUGCUAACAAACUAUUAAUCAAACAGCUUGGGUUCGAGUUUGAAGACAAUUCACCUCAUCUAUUUAAUUAUGCUUCGUAUUUGGACGAAUUGCAUUACCUGGCGAUAUCGCGAACUAUGCAAACAUAUUUUCUGGGGACAAUGUUUAGGCAUAUCAGAAAUGUCGAAGACAUCUUAAUACAACAUCUUUUGAAGAAUAGCGUACAACUUUAUUCGCUACAAUAUAGUAUUUGUGCUGGCCCUGUUCCUUGUUAUUUUCACGUUAGUCAUCAUUUAGAUCUUCUCGCCAGGCACACCUCAAUUCGUAUCCUGAAAUUUGAAUAUACUUGCCUCUCCGUUACCGAGGCAAAUGCACAUUCCAAUGUUAUAUCUAGCAUUAUCAAAUCACAACGCCCUGGAUUAAAAUCAUUCAAGUUAAAGGCCGAUUAUCAUAAAGCUGGAAGAAUCGCCGAGGCAUUGGAGACACAAAUCGGAAAGUUGGAAACUGUUGUCUUUGUCAGUUGCGAUUUUGUGGAUUUCGGAUUGAGAGAAUGGAUGGCAAAAAUGGCUAAAGCUGGAGUGCAACUACACGUUAGAGACUGUAGGCUAGCCGACCCGUCAACUAGAGAAGAACCGACAGAUAAUUUCGUGUUGCUUGAAUAUUUGCAAAUGUAG